GGUCCAGUUCCUCCUUCCGCGCGCUCCUCGCUCCCAGCGCUGCACGCCCGGCCCCCGGAGCCGCGGAACCCGCGCGUUCUCUGGGCGCCGAGGACACGCCUGCCCUUGUCGAGAAAACUUUUCCUGCCGACUCAGUCGUGGCGGCGGUGGCAGGAAGUCGGGGCAGCGACCUCUCCUCUGCCUGCUCCGCGCGCCCUACUACGGGUGUCGGUCCCCAGCAGGAGAGCAAGUUCGUGGGGACCCUUUCCUUUGCUGCUCAGGAGUCCGCCUUGCAGGGACGGCCAGCCCCGGGGAGGGCAGCGGGCCAGGGCGUAGGCCGAGGGCGCGUGGUGGCUCCGGGGACGAGGUGCGGAGCGCGGCCGGGACCCGCGCUGUAGAGUGUGCAGCCCCGAGCAGAGAGCCCUGGGCGAUCGCGGGCUGGAGUCUCCAGUCCUCCGCCUCUCUCGUGUGAGGACCGUGUCCUGGCUCUGAGUCUAUCGAGGAAAAAAAUGAAGUUAAGUCGCCAGUUCACCGUGUUCGGCAGCGCGAUCUUCUGCGUCGUCAUUUUCUCACUCUACCUGAUGCUGGACAGGGGUCACUUGGACUACCCUCGGGGCCCGCGCCGGGAGGGCUCCUUCCCGCAGGGCCAGCUUUCGAUAUUGCAGGAGAAGAUAGACCAUCUGGAGCGUUUGCUGGCGGAAAACAACGAGAUCAUCUCCAAUAUCAGAGACUCGGUCAUCAACCUGAGCGAGUCUGUGGAGGACGGUCCGAAAAAUUCCCCGGGCAAUGGCAGCCAAGGCUCGGCACACCUCCUCUCCUCACAGUCCACCCUGCAGGUUGACCCCAAGGACUGUCUGUUUGCCUCCCAGAGCGGAAGUCAGCGUCGGGAUGUGCAGAUGUUGGAUGUUUAUGAGCUGAUUCCUUUUGAUAACCCCGAUGGUGGAGUUUGGAAGCAAGGAUUUGACAUUAAGUAUGAGGCUGAUGAGUGGGACAGUGAACCCCUUCAAGUGUUUGUGGUGCCUCACUCCCAUAAUGACCCAGGUUGGUUGAAGACUUUCAAUGACUACUUUAGAGACAAGACUCAGUAUAUUUUUAAUAACAUGGUCCUAAAGCUGAAAGAAGACUCAAGCAGGAAGUUUAUAUGGUCUGAGAUCUCUUACCUUUCAAAAUGGUGGGAUAUCAUAGAUAAUCCGAAGAAGGAAGCUGUUAAAAGUUUACUGCAGAGUGGCCAGCUCGAGAUUGUGACAGGUGGCUGGGUUAUGCCUGAUGAAGCCACAGCACAUUAUUUUGCCUUAAUUGACCAACUGAUUGAAGGGCAUCAAUGGCUGGAAAGAAAUCUAGGAGUGAAACCUCGUUCAGGUUGGGCCAUAGAUCCUUUUGGACAUUCACCCACAAUGGCUUAUCUUCUAAAACGUGCUGGAUUUUCACACAUGCUCAUCCAGAGGGUCCAUUAUUCAGUGAAAAAACACUUCUCUUUGGAAAAAACGUUGGAAUUUUUUUGGAGACAGAAUUGGGAUCUUGGAUCUGUCACAGACAUUUUGUGCCACAUGAUGCCCUUCUACAGCUAUGAUAUCCCUCACACUUGUGGACCUGACCCUAAAAUAUGCUGCCAGUUUGAUUUUAAACGGCUUCCUGGAGGCAGAUAUGGUUGUCCCUGGGGAGUCCCACCAGAAGCAAUAUCUCCUGGAAAUGUGCAAAGCAGGGCUCAAAUGCUGCUAGAUCAGUACCGGAAAAAGUCCAAACUUUUCCGAACUAAAGUCCUCCUGGCUCCUCUGGGCGAUGACUUCCGGUACAGUGAAUACACAGAGUGGGAUCUGCAGUAUAGAAAUUAUGAGCAGCUGUUCAAUUACAUGAAUUCUCAGCCCCAGCUUAAAGUGAAGAUUCAGUUUGGAACUUUGUCUGAUUAUUUUGAUGCACUGGAAAAAGCAGGGGCAAAGGAGAAGAAGGGUGGCCAGUCCCUGUUCCCUGUCGUGAGUGGAGACUUCUUCACCUACGCUGACCGGGAUGAUCAUUAUUGGAGCGGCUACUUCACAUCCAGACCUUUCUACAAACGAAUGGAUCGAAUCGUGGAAUCGCGCUUAAGGACUGCUGAAAUUCUUUACUAUUUGGCCUUGAAGCAAGCUCAGAAGUACAAGAUAAAUAAGUUUCUCUCAUCACCGCACUACACAACCCUGACAGAAGCCAGAAGGAACUUAGGACUAUUUCAGCAUCACGAUGCCAUCACAGGAACCUCGAAAGACUGGGUGGUUGUGGAUUAUGGUACCAGACUCUUCCAGUCAUUAAAUUUUUUGGAGAAGAUAAUUGGGGAUUCUGCGUUUCUUCUCAUUUUAAAGGACAAAAAGAUGUACCAGUCUUACCCUUCUGAGACCUUCUUAGAGAUGGAUAUGAAGCAAAGUUCACAAGAUUCUCUGCCAACAAAAACCAUAAUAGAACUGAGUGCAAAGGAGCCAAGGUACCUCGUGGUCUACAACCCUUUUGAACAAGAGCGGGACGCAGUGGUGUCCAUCUGUGUGAACUCCGCUACUGUGAAAGUGUUAUCUGAUUCCGGAAAGCCUGUGGAGGUCCAAGUCAGUGCAGUCUGGAAUAACGCGAGAACGAUUUCACAAACAGCCUAUGAGGUUUCCUUUCUGGCUCAUACACCACCACUGGGAAUGAAAGUGUAUAAGAUCUUAGAAUCACAGAGUCCAAGUUCACACAUGGCUGAUUAUGUCCUGUAUAAUGAUGUACUAACAGAAAAUGGAAUAUUCCACGUGAAGAACAUGAUAGAUGGGAAGGAUGCCAUAACUAUAGAGAACCCCUUCCUUGCAGUCUGGUUUGACCGAUCUGGGCUUAUGGAGAAAGUGAGAAUGAAAGAGGACGGUAAACACCAUGAAAUAAAGGUGCAUUUCCUGUGGUAUGGAACCACAAACAAGAGAGACAAAAGUGGCGCCUAUCUCUUCUUGCCUGAUGGGCAGGGCCAGCCAUAUGUUUCUCAACGGCCACCCCUUGUCAGAGUGACACGUGGAAGGCUCUAUUCAGAAGUGACCUGCUUCUUGGAACACGUGACUCAUAAAGUCCGACUAUACAACAUACAAGGAAUAGAAGGACAGUCAAUGGAAGUUUCUAAUAUUGUGAACAUUGAAAAUGUGCAUAACCGUGAGAUUGUAAUGAGAAUUUCAUCUAAAAUAAACAACCACAAUAGAUUUUAUACUGACCUAAAUGGAUACCAGAUCCAGCCUAGAAGGACAAUGAGCAAAUUGCCUCUUCAAGCCAAUGUUUACCCAAUGAGUACGAUGGCCUACAUCCAGGAUGCCGAGCACCGGCUCACACUGCUCGCCGCUCAGUCUUUAGGCACUGCCAGCAUGGCUUCCGGUCAAAUUGAAGUCUUCAUGGAUCGAAGACUCAUGCAAGAUGAUAACCGUGGCCUUGGGCAAGGCGUACAUGAUAAUAAGAUUACAGCUAAUUUGUUUCGAAUCCUGCUGGAGAAGAGAAAUGGUGUGAACAUGGAAGAAGACAAGAAGAGUCCAGUCAGUUAUCCUUCCCUCCUCAGCCACAUGACUUCGUCCUUCCUCAACCAUCCGCUCCUCCCCAUGAUCGUCAACGCCAAGCUCUCCUCCCCUGCUGUCGAGAUGCUGAGUGAACUGGCGCUGCUUCAGUCAUCUUUGCCUUGUGACAUCCAUCUGGUUAACCUACGCACAAUACAGACAAAGAUGGGCAAAGGCUAUUCCGAUGAGGCAGCCUUGAUCCUCCACAGGAAAGGGUUUGAUUGCCAGUUCUCCAGUAGAGGCACCGGGCUUUCCUGUUCUACUACUCAGGGAAAGAUGUCAGUCCCCAAACUUUUCAACAAGUUUGCUGUGGAAAGCCUCGUCCCUUCCUCCCUGUCCUUGAUGCACUGGCCUCCAGGUGCCCAGAAUGUGAGUGAGAUCAACUUGAGUCCCAUGGAAAUCAGCACAUUCCGGAUCCGCCUGAGGUGAAACCGACUUCCUUCGGAUUGGAGUGGAGAAGCCCUGGCUUUGUUACCCUCCUGGUUUUUACGUGCAAUAACUAAGCACAUUACUUUAGCUUCUGGCUACUGGGAGAACAUGAAUUCUGUGAUUUUUUUUUAAACUAGUCUAAUAAGAAAAGAAGAAAAAGCCAUGCUUUCAAAAGGUUUCUUUUUCUGAGUUUGUCCCACAAACUACUACUACCAGUGUGAACUGAUGUAACAACAACAACAAAAAAGGAAUAUUGAAAGACAACCCCUCAACAGACUGUAUCUCAGGUUAAAUGCUAACUAAUUAUGUUUGAAUUGAGGGUUGUAAAGAGAUUCUUAAAAAUAUUUAUGUUUCUGAUCAUUGGUUUUAUAAAAAAUACCCAUUUGACCUAAAUAGAAAGAAAAAAAAACAAAAGUUGGUGGAUAAUAGUUUUUAAUGGCCAAAAUAGUUGUAAUCAUUGAUCAUUGCUACAAAUUUCAAUUUUUGUGUGUGUUUAAAAUAUGUGGCAAAGUGCAAUCCCUCAAUCCUUAUGAUAAAUGUUGUUGAUUUUCAUACUCCUUCCCAAUGAACCUCUCGACUACCAUUUCCUACCUGCACAUUUAAAAAAAGAACUGGUUUUUUUAGUCAUUCGCCAGUAGAAAAAGAGGCAUAUUUUCAUUACUUGACAAUGUGGGAUGGGUGCAAUGUAGUCCAUUGUCACUGAAACAGAAGAAGCAAUUCCAUUUUCGGUACCACGAGGUGUCUUUUUACACAGCUCAUUUGAAUACAGGUGUUCCAAGGCGGGGUUUUCUAUUUUUAAAUUACCAUAUCAAAAAUAAAUGUGCCUUAUUUUUUUAUAAGUCUUGUUAAACCUUUUGGUGUCCAUAUUACUGUGUGGGAAGGGGAGGGGGGUGGGGAGGCAGGGGCAAGGAUUGGGUGCUUUCUAUAACACGUAAAUUAUGUAACUUUUGCUCGAUAAUGCUGGCCACAUUCUGAUCGGUUUCAUUAAAUUUGUGGUGGUGUUACUCUAAACAUUUUGACUAUUUGAAUGUACUGAGAUGUCAGAAAACAAAACAAGGAAGAAAAAUAUUGUUAAUUAAAAUAUGCUGCUGCCAAGGAAACAGCGACUUGAAGCAAGGAUUUUGUAACACAUGAGAUCCAAAUCCUGUUUGCAUUUCACAGUAGUCAACCAUAUUAAAGAGAGAAGGCUUUAAAAGAGACUGUCUUAAAAUCCACUGCGUGUCGCUCAUCGUGCUGUGUUUUACUAAAGACUGUGUUCCAAACUUUGGUGUGUGGUGACCUCAGUGUGUUGUUCUAGCCCACGUGCCAUCACAGGACUUUUCAGUUCAUUUGAAAUCAUUGUUUCUUUAAUAUAAUAAUAGUAUUUAAUGUCAGCAUAGAAAAAAAUUCUCUGGCUAUGUACACUUUUGAAAAAUUCUCCUCAGUGUCUUAACCUGGUUUAGUAUUCUCUGACUUCAAACUUCCAUUACCUCUUGUCAUUCCAAUACCCUUACAGAGAAAAACAUGUAUUCUGAUAGUCCUCUGGAUUUUCACUCUAGACGCAGCUCCUGUACUCACUGUUCGGUUCUGCUCAUGAACUCCUUUGCCUAUAAAUCAUCAAGGAAACAAUUCCAGAGUCGACAACAGUACUGCAAGGGUAUGAUUUCAUGCAAUAAGCAUGUGAUGUCCAUUCCCUUCCUCACUUGUGGGGGAAUAAGCAUCUGAAAUACAACAGAACACCUUCCUUCUGUAGACCUCUGCGGACAUUGGCUAGGCUAGCCGGGAGCAGAUCCCAGGAACAGGAUCGGUAUUCUCGCUGUAUCUUAAGGGUAUGGCUUCCUGUGGGUGUUCACUGUGUUCGGUGGUUAAGUGACGGUACUUCAUCACUGCAGAAAUUCUGACGGGAUGAAAUGAAAACUGAUGCAAUAAAAAUGGGUCUGCUCUGUGCCAGUCGGGGCCCUGGCUCGGUGUGCGCUGCUGCCGCCAGCUCUUUACUCACAGGUGAAGCAGAAAUUCUACGGAACCAGCAAGUUUCUGCUUUUUAACGUUAUUUUCAGACGACAGCAUCAGGGAAAUGAAGAGAGGGUUUUUUUGCUUUGGGUUAUGGUCAAGAAUUAACUAAAUAAUUCAGUUUCUCUGGCACACAUGAACAGCCAGCCACACUUCCGUCGUGACCUCAGUGGUCUGUUUGGUUGGAUUUUAUUACACGGAUUGUCACAGAUGUUCAGUGGACCAAGGCGUUGCUUUCCUGUUCUCUCCUCACUUCGUGAAAUUUUAAUUUUGUUUAUUAGGUGCAUUCUUCAAAUAUCAGUGUUCUUCUUUUCUAAAAAUAUUGAUUUUAAAUAAAAUGCUGUAAGAUGUUAUAAGACAUCGUAAUUAUCUCCCUGUGUCUUUGUACCUGUGAUGAAAUGUUUUCACGGUCCUUUGUCUGGAAGAAAAUGUUUACUUUCAUUUUGAUUAUUUUGCUCAUUGAAAUCAACAGGUUUUGAUAUUUUUCUCUUGGAAGAUUUUUAUAACUUUUUGGGAAUAUGUAAUAUAAGAUCUCUAAUAAAAUAUAAUCUUAUCCUGUG